ACGAAAAGAUACCAUCAUACCACUCCACUGUGUUGAAAACCCAGGAAUAACUUCAGGGAUUGUAAUUUUAUUGACUACCUAUUUUCUUCACUCUGAUAUGGUUUCUUAUAACACGCGCACUCUUAUAUCGUUGAUAUACAGCACAGUCCUCUCUCACUGAUAAGCUCAAUGCAGAAUGAUAAGGGCUUAUAUUCCACGCUAUCGACUUGUGGAAGGUGAGAGUGGACGAAGCCAUUAUGUGUAUACAAUUGAAGUCUGUUACUUAGGCAAGGUUCACCGUAUUGAGAAACGUUAUUCUGCUUUCCAUAGUUUAUAUAAAGAGCUGCGCAAGUUAUAUCCAACAGCUGAAUUUCCUCCAAAGCGCCUAAGAAAUACAACUUCCAAAGUCUUAGAAACUCGCCGAGCAGGUCUGGAGUUGUGGCUUCACUCGGCACUGCUUCUCCAACCAUCACCACCUGCACUUUUAUCUUUCCUGCAGGUUUCCAAUUAUCAGCUACCCCAUCAAGAGUGUGAAGGAAGUGGAUCAGAGGAGAGCCCUUCUCAUCAACCUAUGCUGAUAUUUACUCAAGAUCCAUAUUUGGCAGCCCAUACCAGCAGCACUAAUUUGCCCAAUAUGCUUAGCAAGGGUGUCAUAACUGCUCUGUAUGAUCCAAGUUUUCAGAUGCCUGCCUAAUUUGUGGUGAAUCAAGGAUUGAAUUUAAAGUGAUUUGAAAAUGCAGUCUGAUUCCAGACCAGUAAGGAUGGAGUUUAGUCCACUGGGUAUGUGGCAGGGAGCUGUCUUCAUGGUUUUAUGGGUUGCCUAUGGCUCAACCUACCUUCUAAGAAAGCCUUUGGGAGUUAUCAAGGAUGACUUAGAGGUUGGGCUCAAUGUAAGUCCUACUAGUCUUGGUUGGGUAGACACUGCAUUACUGCUCCCUUAUGCUGUUAUUUCCUUGGUGUUAGGAUCUUUGGGUGAUUUAUUUGGUCCUCGCAUCACACUAGCUGCAGGUCUUAUCCUUUCAGCUGCUGCUACAGUUCCCAUGACUGUUUGUCACUCUCUUGUACCAUUGUUAGUUUUGUUAGUAUUUAGUGGAGCUGGUCAGUCACUGUGUUGGCCAGCUGCAUGCUCACUUUUAUCAAAGUGGUUUCCAGAUGAUGCUCGUAACUCUGUCUUUGGCAUGUUUGGAACUUGCUGUUUUGUUGGAGGUCUGGCAGGUACAGGUCUUGCUGUGUACCUACAAGUUCAGUAUGGAUGGCGUGGUGUGUUUUUGCCCCCAGCGGCAAUUGUUGCUAUCAUGGGGAUAUUAGUGUUGUUCCUGGGUUUUGAGCCAGCAGAUCGUGGUCUAGUUGUUCCAGGAAGAGCGGCUAAUCAGCAGGAAGCUGUGAAUAAAAAAUCAUCGAGUAAAGCUUCUUUUACAACAGUGUGGAGAAUUCCACUUGUACCAGAAAUUUCAAUUGCCAUGUUUUGUGUGAAAGCAGUGCGCUUUGCUCUCAUGUUUUGGCUACCUCUCUAUUUCUUACGUCAUCUAGGGUAUUCAAAAAUUAAUGCAGGUUUGGCAUCAACAGCUUUUGAAGUAGGUGGUGUUGUGGGAAGUGCCAUGGUUGGAGUGGUAGUUGAUCGUUGGAUGGGUGGCAAAGCUAUUCUAGCCAGUGCCAUAGGGAUCGGUGGAUCUGCUCUAAUGCUUGUUGUGUUCAUGGUAACAGCAUCUUGGGGGCCAAUCUUUCAUGCUUUAUUUUUGGCAAUAGCUGGUGCAUUCAACUGCGGUCCUGAUGUACUGCUUGCUGGUUCAGUUGCUUCUGACAUUGGUGAACGUGAAGGGGGUGCAUCGUCUGCAGUGACUGGGGUAGUAAAUGGCAUGGGAUCCAUGGGAACAGUUGUUGAAGGUCCACUUGUUGCUGCAGCAGCUGCUUGGUUUGGGUGGUCUUCUCUAGUCCCUCUUAUGAUUAUAUUGUCUUCUGUAGGAGCAGUUUCUGCUUUUAGAGCCAACGUUAAACAUGUCAAGUUACAUGGGCGAGUGAAGGUUCCAGGGGGAAUAGAAACUGCAUAAAUUUUUAUAGUAAAUGGUUAGCUCAUUUGUAUGUUUUUCCUUAUGCUGUCUGGUUUUCUAUGAAGUAGAUAAGUUAUCAUAACUGUUAGUAUCAUGGUUCAUUUAAGUUUGAACUAAGACAUACAAUAACUGUGUGAGCAGUGUUCACAAAUCCUUCUCAGUCCAGUGUUACAUAUUUGUUCCAGUUUUUACAAUAUUGUUUUAAAACAUUUUACUGGUAUUAAUUCACAAUACCCUAUGUUAAGAUUAAUGCUGUUGCAUGUUGUACCUUUUCCCAUUUUUGCAUCAAUAAAUUCUGAUGGUUCUUGAACCUUUUGAGAUUUGGGAGUUCUGUUAAUAUGAAAAUUAAAUGUCAAUUUAACAAUGGAUAUGUAUUUAUUUAUUAUUAUUAUUGAGUAGCUUAACCAAGCCACUGAACUAAUUUAUUUAGUUCUUACAUGGCUGGCCAUAUUUGUCUUUUGAAAUAAUGCAAGUGUUGUUCUCAGUUGGAGAGUAGUUGACAAAUUUUUGCUGUAAUUGCAAUGACCAAAUAUUCCCUCUCUAUGUUUCAUAUAUAUUCUCUUGAGGUUUUUAGCAACCUUGGUAUUAGUAUGUACGUUAACCAAAAAGAUAGCUUUGCAUUAUGUAAAAUUCUUUGUUUUUAGAGACGUCAAAAAUAAUGCAAUGUAUUUGAAUAGAUUUCUUUGAGAGUGCUGGAACCAUUGAAUAAUUACAAAUGUAAAAUGAAUGAAAUCUUAAGGAACAAUUAUCAUCUUUGGUGUAGUAGAGUAAGACGUGAUCCCUUCCUUGGGAUAACUUCAGAAUGUUCUCUUUGAUUUGUUAUUAGCAAAAUUUGAUUUUAACUUUUUUGCCAACAGUAAUACUAUCGCAAUGGUGACUAGGUAAUACUGGGUAUUAUAAGAUAUCCUAAUAGUAUAAGAAUUCUUUUAAACUGAAAUGCAAAUUGGAGUCAAACUUCUCUGUGUAAACAAAAUGAUAAUAUAUAGUGCACAGUAAGCUGCCAUUUUAUAAGCAAUAUCAUUCCACCUCUCUCAUGGGUGACUGUAAAUUAAAACAGAUGUACUCUGGAGGAAAUGGCAGAUCUUUACUAUAUACAGACCAUAGUUACACUAAGAAACUUUUUUAGAAUGUUAUCCCUUAAAUUUAGUUCUAGCUAAAGUGUCACUUAAGCAUUUAUCAAAUAAGACUUUUUAAAUGUAUUUAAUUCAGAAUUUUCAACUCUUAAAAUCAGAAUUUUGGUAUCCAUUGCAAUAAUGAGUUGUAUAUAUUGAUGAAGGGUUGAAGGGUGUUCAUUCAUUUUCAUCAAAAAGUGUUCUCGGGUAGAUCAGAAGAUAAAAUCAUAACCAGGUUGUGUUGAUCUAUAACUUACACUUGAAGCAAGUCCACUAGUUAUUUGUUUCCAUGUUUAUGUUGUUAGAUAGGUAUUUAUUAGUACUGUAGAGAACGAAGUCUCUUGCUCAGUGCAACUUUUCCAGGGUGCUCAUGGAAUCAUAGUCUUUUGGCUAGUUUUGCUUUGGCUGCUUGGUUGUUGGAAUAUAAAUGAGAUGAUACGCAAAAUGUGUAUUUUAUACAACACAAUAUUCGAUGAAAGUAUAAAUAUGGCAGCCUUCUUUCUUUGCUGUUUUGUAAUUAAGCCAUUGCAGUGGCUCAGUGGCAGUGAAGACCUUUUUCAGUUUAAUUUUUUUUUUAUGUUGGGAAGAUGGGGAAGUGUGUACAUUGUACAUAUUGUCACACAAAAUGCAAAUUUGAGUUAUUAUGGGAUCCUGUACAUAUAGCAUCUUGAUCAAAUCACACUAAAGAUGAGAACUUGUAGUUAAGAGAGAUAUAAUUUAAUCUGAAGAUUUAAAGCACAAAGUAGUAGUACUUAAUAUGUAUUGAAUUUUAUAUUUUAUGUCACUUGGGGUUUUUGAAUUUAUGUUCAUCACAAUGUUCCUUCUUACACUGUGUUUAUUUUACAGUAGUACUCAGAAAUUGUUUAUUUUACAGUAGUACUCAGAAAUUGUUACUGUACAACUUAGACUAUGUUGUUAAUUUUUCAAAUUUUCUAGUCCACAUUUUAAAGAUUAAUCAUAAGUAAUGUAGAGAGCUUUAUCUUAAAUAACAGCUUUAACAAGUUUUCAUAAUAAACUGUCCUCACUUUAUAGAUUACCUUUAUAAAUUAUAUUUUAAUUGGGUAUUUACUGGCUGCUGGUUCAGUUAUUUCUCUAUGAACAUGCAUCUUCACUGUAUCAUGUUGCUCACCUAUAAAUUUUUCUGAAGCUAAGUAUUAUCUUGCUGCCCAUACAUAUUCCAGUUUGUAUAUUCAUUUUGCAUAUUUGACUGUUCCGAGCUUGUUUGGCUUUUGAAAACCCACCAUGUACUUUCCAUUGUAAGAUGACCAGUGGACACAGUAAGACACACAAGAUAUCACACUGUCUGGGCUUAACUAAGGUGUUGUGGAUCAUAACUACCAACAUCCUCAAUUAAACCCAGUUUUGAUUUAGCUGUGUAAGAUUAAUUUCCUAAGAUUUAUUUUUAACAGCUGUAUAGUAUGUUCAUGAGUCUUUUGUUGACAACAACAGAUUGAGGAUACCAACCAGUUGUAUAGAUAUAAUUGUAUCCAAUACAGUGCAGAGGACUGUUUUUCUUAAAUGGGUCACAUAUGCAUGCGUACAACUAAGUUUUGUGUAGAAUAUGUAAUCAUAAACUUUAGAAAUUUAUGUACAUUUCCAAGUUAUAAACUUGCAGUUUGCUUGGCUUACCCAGCUUGCAACCCUGUGGAAUGGGCUUUGUAUACACCAUAGUUUUCAGUGGGAAGCUCACUAAAUCUAGCCUCAAGUUAUGGUGGUUUACCAAACAUUUUACUAUUAGAUAGGAUUGUAUGAUAGAGCAUUUUGCUACAAAUUAUAGCUGAACAGUAAUGAUAAUGGUAAUAUGGAGUGUAUAGUUCCUAAUGCAGCAGGUGUUGCCACCUUUCACAAACAACAAUCAAUAUGUAUUACAAAGGAAUAAUAUAUAAUGUUCCAUAUUUAUAUCACUAAGAAAUGAUCUCUUUUUCACAUAUUUAUGUUUAUGUAUUUAUCAUGGUUGAGAAAUGUACAGGUGGUUUUGUAGUGAGGAACUUUAAUAGCAGCAUGAGACCUUAAGGUAUUAAGAGAAAUUUGAGCUUUCCAGUACAUAAUGACUCUGUCAAAAGUAUCAUAUGGCAUUCAGAAAUUACUAAGAUUGUACAGGAAUUGUAAUUAGCUGAUGUUAAUCAAAAUCAAAGUUACUUAUAAACAUGGUUGAUGUUGCUGAGGAAAUUUCCUCACAGGAGAAAGGAAGUAGAAAGAAUCUGGCCUAAUAUAACAGCUCGUGGUGUUUAAAAGGUUACCACCAAUUUAGCAUUGUACAAUUAUUACUAUGGCUUCACGCAAUGCUAUUGUUACAUGAUCUUAGAUUCAUUUCUCGUCACAAAAUGCUCAUUUCAUUUCAAAUUUUAUGACUUGCACAAUUAUCUUAAAACACAAGAGUUGGAUAUGCUCUGAUGAGCACAGAAUACGAUAGGCAUUCAGGACAUCUUUUUAAAUGUAGUAUAUAAACCAUACAAGGAUGUGUGUGUAACUCUUAAUAUGAUAUUGUUUUUCAUAUUUAAAACUGUAUGGAGAGAUGCACUUUAUACUGAUAUUAUGAGUUUUUUAGUCUUUCAGAACCCAUUCAUGUAAGGCUGAACAACAUAAGGCAUACAGUGAAUCCAAGGAACCCACUUAAUAGGAAAUGUUAUGUAGAUUGAGGGUGUGUAGAAUCACUAUUUGUAGCACUAUUUUGAUGAUCAUUGUACCUUAUUCUUGGAUUUUUCAAAGAUUAGGUUGCUUUUUCUUAUCAUUCGCUGAAGAAUUUUCAAAAUGUUCAGGAUUUCCAUGUAAUAAAGUGAACAUUUGGCCUUACCUUAUUACUUGAAACUAGUAGUAGGUCACAACUAUAAAAUGCAUUCUUGUCUGUCAUAUGUGAGGAGCAAAUGUAUGUACUAUCUUUAAUGGUGAGCACAGUCUUAUUUUCAGUGUUGAUAGAUAUGGAAAUUAUGCCAACUUUUAGUUUAUAAAGUAAUAUAUAAGAAUCUUUUGUUGGUUGUUGACAAACCUGGAGUGUGUAAAACUUAGCAGUUGAUUUUAUUUAUUUUGUUAUUGUUAAAGUCCUGAGGUAAUGCAUAAAUUCCUGUUUUUCUAAAGAACCUAGUCACAACGUCAUUGUGGUAUUUGAUAAACUAUCAGGGAAGUCCUUAAAUUAGCCAAUAGUUUGUUACAGUAUAUACUUGAUACCUGUAUGUACUGUCACAUUAGGUCUGUAUUAAAGAUUACCAUAGAUUACACUGAUCAAAAGCCUUGUACAACUUUUAACAAAAUAUAAUUAUAAAAAUGACA